GGUUUGGCUGGCGCCAUGUGCAGGUGCUCGGCAUGUUCCUGAUGGGCUGCUCGGCGAUAACGCUCCGCGUGUGCCUGUCCGUGGCCGUGGUGGACAUGACGGCCGCGGACAACGGUGACGGCCAGCAGCGCUUCGACUGGGCGCCGACGGAGAAGAGCGCCGUGCUGGGCAGCUUCCUGUGGGGCUACAUGUCGACGCAGGUGCUGGGAGGCGCCCUGUCCUCGCAGGGCGGCGCCACGCUCAUCCUGGGGUCCGCGCUAGGCCUCAGCGGCCUGCUCACCGCGCUACUGCCCUUGGUGGCCACCAUCGGGGGCUGGGCGGCCGUCACGGGCCUCAGGGCCGUCACUGGAAUCGUUCAGGGCUGCAUGUACCCGACUACCUACACUUUGCUGGGACGUUGGAUUCCCCCAGCGGAGAGGUCACGCUCUGGUGCCCUCAUUCUUGCAUCCCAGCCGAUGGGGAACGUGUUGUCCAUGGCUCUGUCCGGCCUCAUGGCGUACGCGUGGGGCUGGCCCUCCGUGUUCUACAUCUUCGGAGGCGUCAGCAUGGUGUCGGCCGUGGUGGUGUACGUGGUGCUGGCGGACCGCCCGGAAGCCCAUCCACGCAUCUCGGAGGAGGAGCGCGACUACGUCAUCCAGAGCAUCAAUGCCGGGGCCAUGCACCGCGCGCGCAUCCCCGUGCCCUGGGUCGCCAUGCUGACGUCGGUGCCGCUGUGGGCGCUCUUCGCGUCGCACCUCGGCUGGAUGUGGGGCUACUGGGUGCUGCUGACCUGCCUGCCCUCCUACAUCAAUAACCUGCUGGACGUGGGCAUCGAGUGGAAUGGUUUGCUUUCGGCGGCCCCGCAGCUGGCCAUGAUGAUUUUGUCGCUCGUGUUUGGAUGGAUGGGUGACACAAUACAAUCGAGACACUUGAUGUCAAUCACAGCCACCAGGAGACUCUUCAAUACUAUCGGUAUGUUCGGUCCGGGUGCCCUCUGCAUCCUUGCCGCGUGGCUAGGCCCCUCCAACCCGCCCCUCGCCGUUAGCCUCCUCACCGUCAUGGGCGGUCUCUGCAGCGCCUGCUUCACCGGCGCAAUCAUCAACUACGUGGACAUCGCCCCCAACUUCGGGGGCGUCACCUUCGCGAUAGCCAACAUGCUGGGCUCCUUCGUGAGUGCGUUCGCUCCGUAUGCCGAAGGCCUGCUGGUAGACCGAAAGGACCCCAUGCCGGGAUGGAGCAACGUGUUUUAUCUGACUGCCGCCUUGUACAUCGCGACGAACGUCGUGUGGUGUAUUUGGGGCACCGCAGAGGUGCAGCCCUGGAACAACCCGGCAUCCAGCAAGAGUGACUGCUUUGAGGAAUCCACUCCGAGUACACGACGUAACUCUGGCAGCGCCGGUAUUCGGAAUGAAGCUUUUCACUCGGACAAAUAAACAGAUUCACCACCUUUGAA